CGUUCCAGCUGAUCUGACGUUUGACAACAGUGGAGUAAUGUACGUCCUUCUCACCGAGGAGAUAUCCACCUACUUCGAGCAGAUCGAAAAUAUCACAACUUCUCCCGUCGUUACAAACAUGGGCGCUUCCCUUGGUCAUGGCAGACGACUCUCGAUUGAUUCUGCCAACAGGUUAAUAUACUACACCUCGUCUGCGGGCGUCAGCGUGUUCGACAUCAGCGCUAACACACACACCGAGAUCAGCGACGCCAAUAAUGCUUUCGGAAUCGGUUAUGACGCCAUGGACAACAAGGCAGUGUACUGCUUCGGCGACAGUGGUGACCUCGUUGUCUACAACCCGGCAAAUCAGACAUCAAGUACGACAUCACGUGGAGGAUCCGGCUGCUCCGACCUCGCUGUAAGCUCUUCAUUCCCAAAUGCUCAGGUCGCUGGAGUAAGCAACGUCUUUGUCUACAUAACCGCUAACGAUCAAAACCAAGUGUUUGUGUCCCGCCUUGACGGAGACACCGGUGUACCCCAAAUGACCAACGUCUUCAACACCGGCAGCACCAUAACUUCCAUCACCCUCGUGUAACUGCCGGAUGCCAACAGACGUUCUCCGACCGAUGCAGGGACAUGGCCCAACACACUAAACACAAUCAACGAUACACAAACAUGUCCUUUGUUUUUUCUCUUAUAAUUCAGUUAUUUGCGAACCGAUGUGCCGCCGAAUUAGACACCACUAUAUUAGGGAUAUUUAAUGGAUGUUCGAAUCAUGAGUAUUACUGAAACACUGAAAUCGUGUUUAUAUUCUGGCAAGCCUCUGUUCAGUGUGGCGUUAGUGUGUUGUGGCGUGUCCUGGAUUCUUCCUUUUAUUUCUAUGAUAUACUUCG